GAGCUGCUUUCUAAUGGGUCUGCGAUUUUUUGGGUAGUCGGCGCCGAUUCUACUUGAGUGUCUCGUUGCGCUCUUUCUUUGUUCGUAUUUUGUGACUUUCUAUGAAUUUAUUCUUUACAAAAAGAGAAAGAUGGUAAAGUCGCGCCAACUGCUAUGGAUUAAAUUAUUUCUUUGCCUUCUAAACUCCGUAUUUUGGAUUUCGGGGAUUGUGCUCAUGUGCGUGGGGGGCUCUGUGCAGCUCAACUUCUACGACGUGUCUGUGGUCGUCAAAGAAAUCUCCUCUGGUGCACCUACUGUACUGUUUGCCACAGGCAUCCUCAUUUUCUUCCUGUCCCUUUUUGGAUGCAUGGCUGUUUUGUUGGAGAGUAAAAUCAUGGUUCAGCUGUUUACAGUUUUGAUGAUCAUAAUGUUUUUCGUGGAAGUUGGCGUUGGAAUCUCUGCCUAUGUUUACAGAGGUCUGGUGCAUAACACUGUUGUGAAUUUGUUCCUGAAAACAAUGCAGAAGUAUUCCACUGAGCCUGAAAUAAAAUCAUCCAUGGACCAUUUGCAAGAGAUGUUGGACUGUUGUGGUGCCACAGACUUUACUGACUGGUUUAACACAUCGCUUGUCAACGUUGUUCCAGACAGUUGCUGCAUUGAAAUGAAAUACAACUGUGGAUUUGAUGUUGAAGUCAGUGGUCAAAAAAACAUAAACAUGCAAGGGUGUGUGGUUAAACUGCAGAACUGGAUUCAAGACCACCACCUCCUGAUUGGUGGAGUUGGAGUGGGGCUUGGCAUCACACAUAUUGUUGGAAUGACGGUUUGCUGUAUCCUGCUGCAUCAGCUGAAAGAAGAAUAUGAAGGCAUGCGCUAAGGGCAGUGGAGAUGCUGCCUCAUCUGAACACAUGGGACACGUCCAAAGAUCUUCCCAUCACAUACAAAUGGUGACUACGAAGCAGACUUUUUUUUUUCUCCCCCCACCAAAUUGGUCUUCCUUGGUUUUUUUUUUUUUUUAAGGAUCUUUUAUAAAACACAAACGAAGAGACCAGAUUAGGCCCCCAAGUGUGGCACAUAGCUGUGUAAUGGCAUUGUCUUUUAUUAGAUUUGUUUUUCUUUAAUCACUUUACAGUGUGUGGCUUAAAGGAGAUUUUUUACUUUUCUUUAGCCCAAAUGUAGCUGACUGGCCGUUUUUUUUUUGUAUUUUAUUUUAAAACUCUUCUUUUAACGCUUAGCUGUGCACUCCUCUUGAUGAUCUGUGACCCGUAUUCUGGCCUGUGCCGUAGGAUGCCAGUGCUGACAGAGGAAGCUGAAAUUCUUUCAUUAUCUCUGCAAGAAAGGGGGAGAGAGAGCGACCGACCCAUUUUUAGUGUUCCUUGAAUCCGCACCAGAUGCUUGGGCAUGUUUGUGGUCCAUUCGGCCGUUUCAAUCUCCAAAUUUGGAAAUCUGGAAGAGCAAAAAAAAAAAAAA